AUGAAAGCUCUUAUUCUCGUUGGUGGUUUCGGUACUCGUCUUAGACCUCUUACUCUUACCCUUCCUAAACCACUUGUUGAAUUUGCCAACAGACCUAUGAUUCUGCACCAAAUUGAAAAUCUUGCCAAGGCCGGUGUCACUGAUAUUGUCUUGGCAGUCAACUACAGACCUGAAAUCAUGGUCUCUGUCUUGAAAGAAUAUGAAAAAGAAUAUGGUGUUAAUAUUACUUUCUCUGUCGAAACUGAACCUUUGGGCACUGCUGGUCCUUUGGCCUUGGCUAGAGAAAUCCUUGCCAAGGACGAUUCCCCUUUUUUCGUAUUGAACAGUGAUGUCAUUUGUGAUUAUCCUUUUGAACAAGUGAGAGACUUUCACAACUCUCAUGGUAACGAAGGUACCAUCAUCGUUACCAAGGUAGAUGAUCCUUCCAAGUACGGUGUUGUCGUCAACUAUCCUGACUCCACCAAGAUUGAGCGUUUUGUUGAAAAGCCUCAACAAUUUAUCUCCAACAAGAUUAAUGCUGGUAUUUAUCUGUUCAAUCCUAGUGUUUUGGAUCGUAUUGAGUUGAAACCUACUUCCAUUGAAAAGGAAAUCUUUCCUGGCAUUGCCAAGGACGGUGAACUUCACACAUUCGAUUUAGAUGGUUUUUGGAUGGAUGUAGGUCAACCCAAGGAUUAUUUGACGGGUACUUGCCUCUACCUUUCUCAUUUGGCCAAGAACAAACCACAGGAUUUAGCCAAUCCUUCAUGCGAAUAUGUUCAUAAGGGUAACGUCAUGGUUCAUCCUACAGCAAAGAUCGGUAAGGGCUGUCGUAUUGGUCCCAACGUCGUUGUUGGCCCCAACGUUGUCAUCGGUGACGGUGUGAGACUUCAACGCUGUGUUAUUAUGGAAGGCGCCAAGGUGAAAGACUAUGCCUGGGUUCAAUCCAGCAUUGUUGGCUGGCAUUCCUCUGUGGGUCGUUGGUCUAGAUUAGAAGGUUGCUCUGUCUUGGGUGAUGAUGUUUCUAUCGCUGACGAAAUCUAUGUCAAUGGUGGUUCCAUCUUACCUCAUAAAUCCAUCUCCUCAAACAUUACUGAACCCCAAAUUAUCAUGUAAAUAAUUUUUUCCUUAUUCAUUUUUGUCUUGAUCAUUCUCCCGUUUACACAUGUCACCUCUCUCCUAUACACACACCCUCUCUCUCUCUCUUUCUCUAUCUCUCUACCGUAAAGCAUUUCUUCUUUUUAAACUAAUCUAAUACGCUUAUUAUUUCAUUAUUUUAACUAUUUUCCCUCUAUUAUAAUAUAUAUCUAUAUAUACGCAUACACGCA